UCGUUCAGCCCCACCUCCAGGCUAUCAGAGCCUUGUGGUCGUCCGCUUCUUCUCCUUCGAAAAGAUGGCGAACACCGUCCAGUUCUCCCACUCGCUGCAGGGCCAGGCAGGCUUGCCGAAUUACCAGCAGCUGAAGGAGGACCAUGAUAUGACAGUCCUCGAGGCUCACGGGGUGCCGGCUGGGGCUACCGUGAUCCGCAUGCACUCGCCGGAGGUCUAUACAACACCGCCCAGCGACCAUAUCAUUUGGUCCCUCUGCACCACCUUAUACUGCAACGUUUUCUGCCUUGGGUUUUUGGCCUUGCUUUUUUCCGUUAAGUCCAGAGAUCGCAAAGUGAUUGGGGACUACAAUAGUGCUGCCAGCUACGGAUCUACUGCCAAGUGCCUGAACCUUAUUGCCCUCCUGCUGAACAUCCUGGUUGUUGUUGCUAUCAUCGUCAUUAUUGUACUAUUGUACUCUGGUGUCCAACCUCACUGAAACAUGCACUAGCGUAAUUUCCUUUUGAAAACUACCCACCUUCUGUCCUUGAUACAAGAGCUUCUGCUCCUAUAUCUUGGUGGUUGACCUUCUCCCUUCACCCCUAAUCCUAAUGUGUUGUCGUCCUGAAAACAGCCCUUGCUUUGAGAAACUAGUAAUGUACAGCAAUUGAAACAAUGGCUCUCUUGCCAUUGCCAAGUUGGAAGUGGCCAAGGGUCCACCUCAAGAGCUGGAAUGUAUAAUUGAAUUACUUAUAUGUGAUUUCAGGCUGUUUCUUAAAUAUUACACAUGGCUUUGCUGCCUCUUUGGCAUUCCUAGCUUAUUUUUCUACUGGUUAUUCUCAGGUAGCCUUUUCUUCUAUUGAAUGUUACUGAUCUGGAGGGACCAUGGUGUAACCUGAGGGAAAGCAUCACUCUGUGCUGUUUUUUUGUACUGUUCUAUGA